CCAUCCAGUCGUCGCUGAGAGGAGGGGGACAUGCACUCUGCACGAUGUCAGGAGCCUGGCAGGCCAGGGGGAGGGAGGCAAAUCUUCAGCCCCCUUUCAUGCUGUGCAAUCAUACCAUACUUUUACCUCAGCAGACUUCCUGCCCUCCGCUCAGCGGAGAGAGGAUAUAAAAUAGUCUAGGCCAGAUCAAAGGCUCCAUCCUCUGCAGAACCUCCUCCCGUGUACUCUGUUGGGCUACGUGGAGUCUAACCACUUCUAGCUAUGAGUUACGUCUGGAAUCCAAGUGAGGAAGCUGACAUUGCCUCUUUCAUGGACAACAACACAUACCUCAGCUACUAUGAUAGCAACAAUGACACCUUGCUCUGUGGCUCCGACAGCACCCAGGAUUUCAGGCGCUAUUUCCUGCCUCCGUUCUACUUCCUGAUUUUCCUCCUGGGGCUCUGUGGGAACGUGAUGGUGAUUGCCGUCUUGCUGCGUGCCAAGGAAUCCCUACCUGGGACGGAUGUGUUCAUCUUGCACCUAGCUGUCGCCGACGUCCUCCUUGUGUUGACCCUUCCAUUCUGGGCUGUCCAGGCCAUGCACAGCUGGGUCUUUGGGGACGUAAUGUGCAAGAUAGUUGGCAGUGUUUUCAAGAUCAACUUCUACGCCAGCAUCUUCUUCCUGGUCUGCAUCAGCUUCGACAGGUACCUCUCCAUUGUUUACGUCAUUCGCAUGUACAACCGCGGCGGCAGGUCCUCUCUCAUCUUCCUCAGCUCGUUGGCCGUUUGGGCCCUCUGCAUUCUCCUCACGCUUCCGGAUUUCAUUUACCUGACCUCUGAACCUGAUUCCCGCCAAAACACCACCUCGUGCACCCUCAAUUUCCCCCCAGGCUCAAGCUCAGCCAAGUUCUUCAUCCGCAUCUUCAGCCAACUUCUUGCUUUCUUCCUCCCACUGGUGGCGAUGACCUUUUGCUACAUCCGGAUCAUCCUCAGCCUCGUGAACUCCAAAGGCUCCAAGAAGAACAAGGCCUUCCGAGUCAUCUUCGCUGUGGUGGUCGUCUUCUUCCUCUGCUGGACGCCCUAUCACUUGGUGGAGUUUAUCGAGACCCUGAUCGACUUCAAUGCCCUGCAGAAGGAUUGCGAAUGGGAGGCCAAACUGGACAUGGCCGAGACGGUCACCACCAGCUUGGGGUUCUUCCACUGCUGCCUCAACCCACUGCUCUACGCUUUUGUGGGCAUCAAGUUUCAGAACAGGUUCCUCGACCUUCUCGAAUCCUUUGGCUGCGUCAGCCAUGCGUUCCUGCAGAGACAUGCCAGGAGCUCCAGCCACCGGAGAGAUUCAACUUGGUCUGAAAGCACAGAGGCCUCCUACUCGGGGCUCUAGGAAGCCUAGAGUUUCCCUGCUCAUCCAGAGUUUCCCAGUUGUUGAGCCAGCCAGUCAACAGCUUUUAAGAGAGUCAAAAGUGGCACCCCCCCCCUCGAUGCACCCAUGCAUUUACAAUUGCCCCACUCUCAACACCAACCAACCAGGGCUUACAGAUUUCUGAAACACCACACACACACAUGCCCUUCACAACCUAUUUACCAGGGGUGACAGUCAGAUGAAUGUUCACACUGCGAGCAGUGGUUGUUUCUUUUGUACCACUUUUUGAAAACAGCGAAAAAAUUGUCACCUGUCUCCUAACUAGGCUAGCGCUGAAUGGAGCCUCCUGAGGUCUGGGCCUCAAUGGAAAAACAUAAUUCAAAAGUACACUUCCAAGAUUCCGAAGAACUACCCUACAAAAUAUGGAUUUUGGGAUUUUGAUUCUUGAAACGUCCGUUUCCAUCCACAAGGAUUUUCUAGUGUUUUUUUUUGUGUGGAAAGCUUUCUGGUGAACAUAGCUAUUUCACACUUCACUUACACAAGUCACACCCUUUUGGUGUUUACAUUCAGGUUUUGUUUUUUCUUCUUCACUUCCUCACCACAAACUCUCAGACAGAGAGUUGUGACUUCAGAGUUUUUGAGACUCGCACCCAAGACAUUUUGAAUGUAAAUGUUUUUGGAACUUUAAAGUUUAAUUCACCUUCCACCCAGUGAGAAACAUGGAACCAGAGAGCUCUUGAGCUCAUGUCCGGCUUCUGGGAUUCCCACAGAUGUCUAGUUGGUAUGCGGUGAGAGCGGGAUGUUGGUUUAGCUAGGUCAGGGGUAUGGAAUCCUUUUCUGCCAAGGGCCACGUUCCCUUCUGGGGGCCACAUUCCAGUGGUGAGUGGGACUAGAGGCAAAAGCAGGUGAAGGAACAGGUCUGCAUUUUUUACUUUUGUAUUGGGGAGGGGGGAGAGAGGGAAAGCAGCCUACUGUGGAAAGGUAAGGAUUCUGAUAUGCACACAGCUUUGGUAGGCAAGCAAAGGCAGGAUCAAAGGUCAAGGGCACAUUCCUUCCA